AUGCCUAAUAAAAGAGAAGCAGAUACAGCGGCCAAACUUCGUCAGAGUUGUGAUAAACAAAUUAAAGCAAGACAAUUAACUUCACCAACAUACACAUCAACUAAUGAAUCACAAGGUAUGGCAAAAUCACAAACAACUAGAGAAAACCAAUUGAAAUUUACAAUCUCGCUUCUAAUAGUAGAUGGUGUGAGAUUAAACAAACUUGAAUUAAAUGAUAUGAUCACAAAAUACUUAUCUGAUGCGUCGACCACGCGAAGAUUGUUGAUUCCAUGUACUUUGAAAUCUUUAUCGACCACUGAUGUCUGUGGAUCUUGUCCCAUCGAGCAUGUACCGACAAAAUGA